CCACCCUGCCCCACCCUGCACCACACUAAUAUCACCCCAGUCUCGUACGGCAUUCAUCCACUUAAGAAGAGGCUACUGGUCCCGCAUUGGCGUUGCCUCAACCGUGUUAAUCUGUGUAUGCACUAGAACAAUCAUAUAAAAAAACUAAACCGCCAAAACGUACAAUUAUUUAUAAAAUUUCUGAAUUCUCGAGUUUUUGGUGACAAACUGAAUAAUUUGGUGACAAACUGAAAAAGGUGACAAACUGAAUAAUUUUUUUUUAGCAAAGAUGAAAGGAGUAUUAUGUUUCUUUGCCCUCUUUGUGUGCCGAUUUUAUGCAGUCCACUGCGAGUCGGGGGCUACCCAAGCGGGACUUAGGGAAAAAGCAAAAGGGCCUUUAGGAAAAGUUCUCUUCGUCGCAGUGGUUGGAUCAAAAAGCCACAAAAACUUCUACUAUGGUGUCUCAGAAGCCCUAGCAAACGCUGGCUACGAGGUAACUAUCCUCACCCCUUACCAGCCCUCUCGUAAGAUCAAGAACGUUCGUGAGAUUGUUCUGGAAAGCAACGACAUCGCACCACACAUGGCUAAUGUCUGGAAAGACGGAUCCUUCGCCCCCAUCUGGCAACUUACUAAAUUUGGACCCGAGUUGUGCGCGAAGGCUCUUGCCGCCGACGAGUAUUCCGAAGUUCUUAAAGAAAAAUUCGACAUCGCGUUUGUGUCUGUGUUUUUCUGCGAGUGCUUCUUAGGACACAUAAACGCUAUGAACAUCCCUUUCGUUUUUGUCAACCCUGCUGAAAUGAUUGGACCUUUUUCUGGGGCGAGGAUGGGCAACCCUACAUUCCCCACUAUAGACGAGAACCCCAUGCUGUCAUUCCCCAGGCCCAUGUCUUUCGUGCAUCGCUUUAUAUCGUCUCUCAGUGAAGUAAUGCUGGGAGCCAUGACGACUUACUUCAGUUACUGUGCGGAUUCCGUUGUUCGAAGCCAAGGACUUUUGCCUCCAGGAACUCCCUACCUGCCUGACAUCUACCGCAACGCCUCACUCAUGAUCGCUAACAGUUUCCGCUUGGCUGAACACCCACGCCCCUACAUGCCAAACAUCCUCCUGCUGGGGGGCAUCCACCUCAAGACUCCCAAGCCACUAGAAAAGGACCUCAAUGAUUGGGUGGAGUCCUCCGGAGACGCUGGCUUCAUCUUCUUCAGUUUAGGAUCAGCAGUUCGAGCCAGCGACAUGCCAGCCGAGACGAUCAACCUGUUGCUGGAGGUGUUCAAGUCCCUGGAACAGAAAGUACUUUGGAAAUUCAACCUGCCUGACCUGGGGGUCGACCUGCCACCCAACGUCCGCUUGACCACUUGGGCGCCUCAACAAGACUUACUCGGCCACCCCAAAAUGCGGCUGUUCAUCACCCACGGAGGCUUGUUCAGCACACAGGAGGCCACGUACCACGGAGUGCCUGUUCUCGGCCUCCCAGUUUUUGGUGAUCAGCCCGGCAACAUGCUGAAAGCCGAGGCUCAGGGCUGGGGCCUGAAGCUCGACUGGGACGAGCUCUCACACGACCGACUCAGGAGCGCAAUUCUCCGCCUCAUCGACGAUCCUGUAGCUCGACAAAGAGUCGCCACCAUCGGAGCCCUCAUGCGCGAUCGCCCUACAUCCCCGGGCGACGACAUCGUCUGGUGGACAGGCUACAUCAUCAGGACGGGCGGCGCUCGUCAUCUCCAGUCCGGUGCUGUGCAUGUAUCAUGGUAUCAGCUAUACAACGUGGAUGUCUGGGCGGUUGUCGUACUCUUCGUCUUGCUGAUACUCUGGGUCGAGUGGAAGAUUGUGCUCUUCAUCUACAGGCGUAUCGUUUCAAAGCCAGCAUCCGACGUUUCCAAGAAGCGCAAGAAGCAUUAAAAAAGAUUUGCGAUUUCACAUCGAUUCAAGUUGCUGGUUCACAGCAACAUUGUUCACAGUUUUCUUCAUAAAUAAAAUUUUCAAAAAGAC